AUGGCAGGCACUCUUGCUUUCUUAACAAGGAAACGCAGAGAGAAUAAGCCGGUGAAAAUGGCUUUGAGCGACGCUAGAGAGCGGUGGGAGGUCCAUUUCUCUCGCUUCUUCGGCUACCCUCCUAUCAGCUCCACGUGUCCCGAUCUCGUCCCUCUGCCUACCAAGGUCAGAAAUCGACGGCCAGCUGGCAACUGGGUCUCCUCCUCCCUCCCAGCUCUUCUCCAGCUUGUUCACGACCAGUCCAUCUCCGAAGUCCUCCUCACUGUGUGUUUUAGUGGCAAGGUUGUGGAGGAGCACUAUGUUUCCAAGCUACAGUUUGUCUGGCCUCAGGUCUCAUGCAACCCUGGAUUUCCUGCCAGGGGUACUCGAGUCGUGUUUAUCAGCUACAGAGAUUGUGUCCAGAAAUUUGCCUUGCGAUUUUUGUCAGUCGAUGAGGCACAGAGAUUCAUGAAUUCGUUGAAGGAGAUCUUCAACAUAGGGAGAGAUAUUGAACCUCUCAAUAUUGACAUGGGAUCUGAAAUUUCCGCAGAGUCUGAGUUCAUGUCUUCUAAUAUACCCCUCAGCCGGGUUUCCACAGACUUGAAUAUCAUGCCUCCGUCUCAGACUUGUACUACUCAAAUAUCACCAAGCCUGAAUAAUCAAGCUAAGCCAUACUUGCGUACUCAGGAAGUGAAAAAUAUUCAUAACUUCCAGAGAAACUUUCCAGCCUUUCCUCCAGGUUUCACCUCAAUGCUGAGUGACUGUCACCCUGCUGUUGAACAAGGGGAAGCAAAAUCAACUGUAUCAGAGGCAGUCAAUCUCAACUCCCAAAUCUUGGCUCCUAGUUUCACCUCAUGGCUUAGCAACUCUCAUCCUGUUGUAGAACAAGUGGCAGCACAAUCAACCGUAUCGCAGGAAGUUGUAUCACAAGAAGUCAAUCUCAUAUCCCAACUUGCGAGAUAUGGGAGAGAUGCUUCCUUCCAAGUUAGUAAUGCAUCAUGCUUGUACAUGUCAAACAAAUACCUUGGUAAUAAAAGACUUAUAACAACCACUCAAGGAGACUCAACUUCUCAACCACAAAACACCAUCCGAAUGCAAUACUUACCCUCACAAAGAUGA